AUGCUGUUUCACGGGGCGGUUUUCCUGCUGCUUUGUGUUUUCGCACAACUGGCACUUUGCGCCGAAGAUUUCUACAAGAUCCUUGGGAUAGAUCGCCAGGCAAGCGACAAGCAGAUCAAGUCAGCCUACAGGCAACUGAGCAAGAAGUUCCACCCAGAUAAGAACCCAGGCGACAGCACAGCCCAGGAGAAGUUUGUCGAGGUUUCCGAGGCCUACGAAGCCCUCAUCGAUUCCGAGUCGCGAAAGAUAUACGACCAAUAUGGACAUGAGGGGUUGAAACAGCGCCAGCAGGGAGGUGGGGGAGGACACCACGAUCCUUUCGACCUGUUCAGCCGCUUCUUUGGUGGAGGUGGCCACUACCAGCGCGGACAGCCGCGCGGGCACAACAUCGAGAUCAAGGUCGGCAUCGCCCUGCGCGACUUCUACAACGGACGGGAAACCGAGUUCCAGUGGGACAAACAGCAGAUCUGCGAAGAGUGCGAGGGAUCGGGCUCUGCAGACGGCGUCGUGGACACUUGCCAGCAUUGUGGUGGCCAUGGUGUGCGCAUCGUCAAGCACCAGUUGGCUCCUGGCAUGUUCCAGCAGGUCCAGACACAGUGCAACGCCUGCGGUGGCCGCGGCAAGACCAUCAAGCACAAGUGCCCAGUCUGCAACGGCGAUAGGGUCAUCCGCAAGUCAACUACGGUCAGUCUCAAGAUUGAUCGUGGUGUGGCGAGAGACGCCAAGCUCGUAUACGAGAACGAGGCGGACGCGAGCCCAGACUACAUAGCCGGCGACCUCGUCGUCACGCUGGCCGAGAAGGAGCCCGACAUGGAGUCGGAGAACCCUGAUCACGUCGAUGGCACAUUCUUCCGGCGGAGAGACAACGAUCUCUUCUGGAGAGAGGUCUUGUCGCUCCGAGAGGCCUGGAUGGGCGACUGGACCCGCAACCUCACACAUCUGGACGGCCACGUCGUAAGGCUAGGGCGCGAGCGCGGACAUAUUGUGCAGCCGGGCCACGUGGAUACCGUCGAGGGCGAGGGCAUGCCCAUCUGGAACGAAGAAGGCGACUCUGUGUAUCACCAGCACCAGUUCGGCAAGCUCUAUGUUGAGUACGUUGUCGUACUGCCAGACCAGAUGGAGUCUGGCAUGGAGAAAGAAUUCUGGGCGGUAUGGCAGAAGUGGAGGGGGAAGAUCGGUGUCGACCUGCACAAGGACAGCGGGAGACCAGAUGUCCCCAUAGCCGCAAGUUCUGGCGAGGGGAAGAAGGAUGAGCUGUAA